ACAUUGUGCAUUGGGAUUUUCGCCCAAAAACAAAGCCAGCACUCGAAAUUCGGGAGUCAGAUUGAAAAAUUAAUUAAAAAUUAAAUAAAUCUCUAACAAAAUGGCAAAUUACGACGUUCACGACGAUGGACCAGGCUUCGUUGGCAUCCGUUUCUGCCAAGAAUGCAACAAUAUGUUGUACCCGAAGGAGGAUAAGGAGAAUAAAGUCCUUUUGUAUGCCUGCCGGAAUUGCGAUUACAAGCAAGAAGCUGACUCGAAUUGCAUUUACGUGAACAAAAUUAUGCACGAAAUUGACGAAUUGACGCACAUUGUGCCAGAUGUGAUUUCGGAUCCGACGUUGCCGCGCACCGAAGAUCACGCGUGUCCCAAAUGUGCCGGCAGAGAAGCGGUUUUCUUCCAAGCGCAAACGCGCAGAGCUGAAGAAGAGAUGAGAUUGUAUUAUGUGUGCACAAAUCCCAAUUGUUGUCACAGAUGGACCGAGUAGGUGCGAGAAUGGAUGCGAAUAAAAAUUAUUUUUUAAGGAAA